UGCGACUCCAGCGCCGGAGGUGCUCACGCUGCCAGCGGGCGGGAAAGCGAGAUCUCGCGAGGUUUCGACAGAGGGCGGCGGGGGCUAGGGGGCGUCGCUCGGUUUGUUGGCGCUGAGUUGGUAGAACAAUAGGCGCGUCAGCGGCGGCCGGCGCGUGCACGGAGAAGAGGUAUUUUAAAUAUUUUUAGUGGAUGAUGGAACAUCUCCCUUGUAAUGUCCAGCAAUAAACUCAUCUGGUGGUGUCUAGCUACCUCGUUCAUUACAAGUGGCAGUAAAAUGAUCCUGUUCUGAGCAAUUCCAUUUAUUGUUACACCAUCUGGAUUCAGGGGCUACUUUGCAGAGGAAUGUGGGCCACUAAACGCUUGUGUAGCAUCCAAAGGCAAUGGCCUCGUUUGAAAGAGGAUGGACUGCAUGGUAACAUAUUUUUUAAACUUCAGCAGUUUUGGACUGGUGUUCUGGGUUACUGCAGUCUAAGAGCCACACAUGUUAAAUCCACAUAUAAUGUACAGAAUGAAUGGCUGAUAAUGGACAUGGCAACUGCUGUUGUUGCUGAGGAAGUUAAAACAGCCUGUGGGAAAGGGCCCAAAGCAACAUAUGAUGGAAGACAACUCAUGAUGGAAGCAAAAAUGAAACAUCUCAACCUAUCAUUUGCAGCUUGUGGGUUUCUGGGUAUAUACCACUUGGGGGCAGCAUCUGCUCUUUGCAGACAUGGUAAGAAGUUACUGAAGGUUGUGAAGGCUUUUGCAGGAGCUUCUGCAGGAUCACUGGUUGCCACAGUUCUGUUAACAAUGCCAGAAAACAUAGAGGAAUGCGAGGCGUUUACCUAUAAGUUCGCAGAGGAAAUUAGAAGACUGUACUUUGGUGCAGUGACACCAGGUUACGAUUUCAUGACAAGACUUAGGGCUGGUAUAGAGUCUUUUCUUCCUUCUAAUGCUCAUGAGAUAGCAGAGAAUCGUCUCUAUGUAUCAAUCACCAACACUAAAAAUGGAAAAAAUUAUUUGGUUUCAAAUUUUGCCUCCAGGGAGGACCUCAUUAAGGUCCUCCUAGCCAGUAGUUUUGUGCCAGUGUAUGCAGGAAUUAAAGCAGUGGAAUAUAAAGGAGAGAAAUGGAUUGAUGGUGGCCUUACCAACGGCCUCCCUAUUCUGCCUGAGGGAAGAACAGUCACUGUUUCUCCUUUCAGUGGUCGAUUAGAUAUCUGUCCACAAGACAAAGGACAUGUAGAUCUCUAUAUUAAAGUUGCAAAGCAAGACUUAAUGUUGUCUGUGGCCAACCUGGUAAGACUUAAUCAAGCUUUAUUCCCACCAAGCCAGAAGAAGAUGGAAUUACUGUACCAAAAUGGAUUUGAUGAUGCUGUACAUUUUCUACUAAAGGAAAACUGGUUUGAGUAGAUUAUGUGCAUGGAAAAUUAACAAUGUCUGAUAGCUGUCAAAACAAAGUACAUGUGUCACACCGAACCCAAGAUAUUGCUGCCAUGCUUUUUGUUUAUUAAAAUACAAAUGCCAGAGGUAUUUCAUCUGUCAGGAAAGUAUACAGGUACUUUGGCUGAAAUUUGUCAGCAUGUCAAAAUGGAAAAGUGUACUUACAUGGUAAAAGGAUCUGCUGUUUCAAAUAGGUGUAAUAGUAAAAUCUAUUAAAAUUAAGAGAAGAUUGUCAUUUAGGAUGUACGGUACAGACUAGUGUAUUAUUUCAUGAAAUACUGAAAAUGUGAUUGCUGACAGCAAUCACAUCUGAGAUACUCAUUCAAGUUGUGUCCUGAAAAUUUGCACUGUAUCUAAUUCUCUUAAGCUUUGAAUAGUUGUGUACUUUCUCUGUUAAUCUUAUUUUUGUGCACAGUAGUUGACUGGUUGUAAUGCUUCAAGCAUGAACUCUAAUUACAAAGAGAUUGUGAGAAACAAAAUAAUUUAAGUGCAUUUCUUUAAUUAUAAUACAUGUGCUUAUUCACCAUUAGAACUUUUAAAUCUUUAAAUCAGUCCCAGGACUUUUAAAAUCCUGAAAUACCCAUCCAUUUCAAAAUUUAAGAAUAUUUUUUUCUGUAAAAUCUGUGGGAAAGAAGAUUGCACCAGAUAUAAUUAUUUAUUUAUGCAGUGGUUCUUUGUCUACUAAAUUUUAAUAAAGUAAUUUAUGUUUGGAACUUUGUCAGGUAUUUAUUUUGUUGUAAAUAUCUCAGUACUAUGGUGUUAUACUUCAUUAAUCCAUUUUGGACAAAAUGAUCGAUAUUUAUUUUUUAAAAGUUUGCAUAAAUGCAUGGUUUUCCCCCUCACUGAGGGCAUAACCUGCACCACUGAAGCUAACAGAAGUUUUUCCGUUUACUUAAAUGGGAGCAGGAUGAAGUCCCAAGGGCGUAAGAGGUCCCUAAUAACUUUUUUAGUGAAUAUUUUAUGGAAAUUAAGAGGCAACAUUUUUAAGACUUAAUCUGAAAUAUUCUGCUGAGAUCAGCAGAUCUCAAAUGUUAGUAUUUAGAGAUUCAAAUCAUACAUUUCCAACUAUAGUCUAGUCCAAUAUCUAUCCAUAUCUUUAAAAUAUUAUUUGACAUGAGGCUAUUUAAAAAAAACUAAACUGAUUUCGGCAAGAAUUCUUUGAAAAGCUCUGACAGUUGGUUUUUUCAGUAAAAUCUAUUCUGUUAGCGUUGGCAGAGACAUAAUGCCAGUUCCUGAGGGUCUCAACUCCCAUUGGAGUUAAUUAGAAUUCAGGUAGCUCAAUAACAGAUUCAAAUUCUGAAGACUUUUCUGUUGACUUCAUUGGUUGAAGGAUCAAGCCUUUACCCUUUAUAUUAUGAAAUGGUCACAAGUCUUUUUUAUAUUUAUGUAUGCAUUUUCAGUAACAUUCCUUGUUCUUUAAAAAAU